AUGUCACGAAAUGCUCUAGUUACUGGUUCUGCUCGAGGUAUUGGACGAGCCAUUGCUCUGCGUCUUGCUCGAGAUGGUCUCAAUGUUGCCGUCAAUGAUAUUGAAGCAAACUCUUCCGACCUCAGCAAAGUUCGACAAGAAAUUGAAGAACUUGGUCGAAAAUCGGUGGCAAUUAUUGCUGAUGUUUCUAUCGAUAAGGAAGUCGAAGCAAUGAUGCAAAAGGCUUCCAAAGAACUAGGCAGUUUGGAUGUCGUAGUUGCAAAUGCAGGCAUCAAUCAGGUCAAACCACUUCUUGAUGUGACAACAGAAGAUUGGGACAGAAUAUUUGCAACUAACUUGCGUGGUGUAUUUUUUUGCUACAAAGAAGCUGCUAAAGUGAUGAUUGCACAAGGAACCGGAGGCAAACUUAUUGCUGCAUGUAGUGUUGUCGGAUAUAGGCCGUCUCCUUUAUUGGGUCCUUAUUCUACUAGUAAAUGGGGUGUGCGUGGUCUUACGCAAGCUGCUGCUAUAGAAUGGGCCAAAUACAACAUCACAGUUAAUGCUUAUUGUCCGGGAAUUGUUCGAACGGCAAUGUGGGAUAUGCUUGAUGAAGAAUUGGCAAAAAUUGAAGGGAAGCAAAAGGGUGAAGUCAUCGAAGAUCAGUCAAAGAAGCGCAUUGCUCUUGGUCGUACAAGUGAACCUGAAGAUGUGGCAAAUUUUGUGUCAUACCUUGCUAGUAAAGACUCCGACUAUAUGACUGGACAGAGUAUUAUGAUUGAUGGUGGCAUUCAAUUUUCUUAA